AUGGGAGGAAAGGUGAUUGCUCUUCUUCACAGCGGCAACGGUGCCGGCGCCGCCGCUAUCCUAUCUCGCCAGACGCUUUUCCUCAACACAGCAACAAGUGAGGUCUCAUUCGCCCGUUCCACAAUCGACCCUUACAGCAUCGGCACGCUCGGAUACAUUGCCACGGCCUGUCUACACGGACUAGCCGCUCUGCGUGAAGACGAAAGAGAGGAAGCGGACGUGAGCGCCGCGGCUGGACCAUACCGUCUGACAGCCUUGCACUGUGCCGAGGACAUGUUCCACUACAGCGCUAUCGCCAUGCACCCAGCGGCAUUCGGAAACCCGGACAGCGUUGAAGCCGCCAGAGCCAGAAUCCAAGAUAAUGCCGCACGUGUCGUAGACCGGUUGACACGCAGCGGCGCCAUGUUCGACCGACCAGACGCGCCCGGCGAGUAG